AUGUCAAUGUAUACUCAUGAUUCUGUUCUUCGACGUAAAAUAAAACAAACAAUCAUAAUAACUAUAUUUGAUUCUAUUCUCAAUGAACAAUUAAGAAAAUUAUUUAAUGGAUUUAAACCUUUGGCUGUUUAUAAAGCUCAAUUAUUAAUUGAAAAAGAAUUGAUAAUUAUUAAAUUAUUAGAUAUAGUCAAUGAAUUACGUCGUUUAAAAAUUAUUUCACAAUCUCUUCCUAAUAUAACUACACCUGAAGCUCAAGCUAUAUUUCUUAUUUAUAUGAUGAUUAAAUUAAUUGAAAAAGAAUUUUAUAUUGAUGAAAUUAAUAUCAAACAAAUAUUGAAAAUGAAAAAUUUAAUAUUAUUUAUUAACAUAUUCUACUAUCUUAAUAAAGAUAUACUUAAAAAUCAAUCAAGUGAAUAUAAAACUGUCAUUCAAAAACAAUUUUUAAUUAAUAUACUUGAUCGUAAACAAUUAACUAAUAUACAAUUUGAAUUAGCACUUAAUCAAAAUAUGCGUCAAUGUCAAGUUAUUCAAACAAAUAUAUUAACUGAUCAAAGAAAAAAUACUAAAAUAGUAAAAGAAAAAAAAUUAUUUUCUAAACCAACACAAAUAUUAUCUCGUUUAACAUAUAAUAGUUUUGUUAAACAACAUAAAUUUCUAAUAGAAACUAAUCAAGGAUUAUUAAUCAUCGAUAAAAAUAUAAACAAUGAAUUAUUACUAAAUUUACGUUCAUUACGUCAUAAUUAUAUACAAACUAAAAUACCACGAAAUCAAUUACAUUUAUUAGUUGAACAAGACGAUUGGAAUAAUGAUAUUUAUCCUGAAUUUAAACAUGAACUUAAUAUAAUUGAUUCUAAUAAUUCAUUAGAUCUUAUACGACAUAUAACAUAUAAUAUAUCAUUAUUAAUUAAAGAAAAUGAUUCAAUUUCUGGAAAACCAUGA